AUGGAAGAACUGUGCAAUCAUAAAGUCUUACUAGGAGUCAGAGGAGCGCACAAAAGGGACUCUUCUGCUCUUUUAAUAGCACCAUUUUUCCAGUGGUGCAAUCCUGCACAGGAUGGAGAUCACACAACUUGCUACAAGGUGCUCAGGUCAGAUGCACGGAAAACAGAAGUUCUGAAGCUUCUGAAUGUGGCUCUGUGGCCCGUGGCAGAAGUGGUAGCCCAGGAGUGUUCAUCUCCAAUGUGGAAAAGUAGCACGUUGUCCUGGGCAGCUACUACCUGCAGUCCAGCACAGGACGGGAAGCAAACGCCCCUCCAGGCUCACAUUAACCCUUUAAGCCUACUCAGCAAGCCCUUCCUCAUCCUCAGGUUUAUUGGGGUAAGCAGCCGAAGCAGCUGCCUGGCUCGGCGAGGCUGUCUCCGCGCCGCGGAGGGUGGGAAGGGGGAGGCGCUGGGGGCCGGCCGGGGAGCCCUGCCCUGCCCGGCUCAUCGCUCCUCUUCUCCCCCGCGGGCUUCUCCGUUCCCGGCGCCGCAGCUUUUCCCGGCCCCGGUGUCGGCGGAGCGGAUGGUGGCGGGGAGGCGCCAUCAGCAGGCGCGGCGGCGCUGGGGGCUGCCGGCGCUGCUGGUGGCCUACGUGGGCUAUGUGGGGCUGGGGGCCGGCGUGCUGCAGGCGCUGGAGCGGCCGGCCGAGGUGCGGGCGGCACAACACCUCCUCCGGGAGCACUGGGAGCUGCUCGCCAACUACACCUGCCUGCGGGGGCCCGCGCUGCAGCGGCUCAUCGAGGGUAUCAUCGAAGCCUACAAGAGUGGCAUAACCCUCCAGGGAAACACCACAAGCCUAGGCAGGUGGGACUUCAGUGGGUCUUUCUUCUUCUCCAUCUCUGCAAUAACAACCAUUGGCUAUGGGAACCUGAGCCCCAGCACUGUGGCUGGUCGAAUCUUCUGCAUCUUGUUUGCACUCUUUGGCAUCCCCUUGAACCUUGUACUUCUGAAUGAAAUUGGGCAGCUGAUGCUGUUGGGGGUCCAGCGUUGUGCCCAUCGCAUAGAGGAAGUGUUUCACUGGCAGAAAAAAGCUUCCCUCCUGGUUAAGACCGUUGCGCUGGUAACUGGCCUGUUACUGUUCCUCCUGCUACCUCCCUUGCUGAUCUCUGACAAAGAAGGCUGGUCUUACGAAGAAGGCUUCUACUAUUCCUUCAUUACCCUCAGCACUAUAGGGUUUGGAGAUUAUGUGAUUGGGAUGAACCCAGACCGCACCUAUCCAGGCUGGUACAAGAAUGUAAUCUCUCUGUGGAUCCUCUUUGGGAUGGCCUGGCUAGCACUGGUUAUCAAACUUUGCAUCAACUUGCUAGAAAGCUCCAGUGACUUCUGUCAGUGCAACAAGAAGAGCACAGAGAUGGCAGAAGACUUAAUGGAUGCCAACAAAAAUAGUGCAACGGGACUUCACAGUGUGGAUAAUUGCAAUGACAAAGACACAGAAACAAAAGGACCAGAUGAAUCUCACACCUACACAGCUCCUGCAGAAGCACUCUAGUGAAGAAACGUGCCCUUGGUAUCCCUUAGGUUUUCGUGCACUGGAGACGCACCACUUAGAAAUGUGGCAACGAAGCCGUCCUGAUGUUCGUUUGGGGUGAAAACUUGCUUAUUGAGCAUGAAAUGUUUCUAUUCUGAAUUGAGCAAUGGCAACAAAAUGUUUCAUUUGCAGCAGCACCAAAAAUUACCAGUGACAUUCUUAGCCAAAAUUAGAUUUACAGAGAUAUUACCUACCUUCUCACCUCAAUACAUGAGGUAAACUUUGGCAUCCGUACGCGACACUAGCUGUUGUCCUUCUCUUUGCAUGCAAAGUUCUUACAGCUUCUAAUUGUACUUAUGGCAUUUUGCAAAUACCACAAUUAGAAAAAUAAGUGCCACUUACUGCAGAAAAUACAUUGCAUAUUGUUAAAAGACUUAAUGAAAUGCACUAUUUAAAACCACCUGGCAGUCACUGCAAUGUGCUCCAACACUUAUAUGUUUGUGCUUGCCAAAGGUGUAACAUGCUUUUGCUCUUUUACAUGGAGGCCACUGAGGUGCCUAUAGAGGCGCCUGUAGAGGUGCCUAUAGAAACAGAUCAUUCUUUUAUUUAAAAAAAGCAUUUUAUACAUCAGAAGUCCACUAAUACUAAAACGAAACUAGGUAGUUAGUCUAUUCCUUAUUCCAGAACUUAUAUACGGAUCAUCCUUUGUAAAGUAUUAUGUAGACCAAAUGUCAUCAGCUAAAUGUGAAAGUUCUUUUAAGAUAGAAUUUUAUUUUGCCACAUCUUGGAAGCUAGAGAAGGAGCACUAGAGGCAGUUUUAAGUGCCUGUUGUUCCAAUGUUAUACCAUGGCCAAUGUUAGCGAGGGCUACUUUCACCCAAAAACAGACUGAAGAACCUUCAACUGCGAGCAAGAGGUGCUAUUCUGGUGAAUUUCUAAUGUCAUAAAUGGUGUUUCUGUCCUACCUAAUAUCUCUUAUAAAAGUACAACUGUCUUUUGGUCUGUGGAAUACCAGACCUGCUUAUUUGACCUUUGUGUCAGUCAUGAAACAGAACUGUUUAGGGUUUUUUUUUUUAAAUUAAUUCCAUUAAAUCCUCAGAAAUCUUCUGGUAAGUUAUGCCAUUUAUAAAGGACCAACAGAGUCUAACUCCUGCUGCCAUUUAUAUACCCAUAUUUAAUCUUCUUAUUUUCUUAUUCCUGAUGUACUGCAUCCUAGAGCACUAAUUUUAAAAACUUGACCAUAGUACUAAACCAGAGUGAAGCAUUUGGGUGAGCUUUCAGUUUCUGCAUUGGACAAAGAUUCCACAUGGACAGUGGAGAAAAGACUGACAACACAGUCUGUUGGAGUAUGGGACUCAGGAAUUAGAAAUAUCCAUAGCUGGAUUCACAGAAAUGGAGUGAAAAGUUUAUGGUAUUCAGGAACACUAGUUCUGGAACAUGUAUCAUGAAAAAGUAUUUCCAGGGUAGGCCAGUCUACUUGUUGAUAUGUGGUAGAACUGAUUACAGGAGAAAACGCAGGAAAGAAAUCUGCUGGAUGAAAUUUAGUCAGCCUUUUGCUGACUCCAUAGUAAUAAAUGUUUUCUCAAAUAGUGUUUCAAUAGACAGCAGAGAUAAGAAAGAGAGUUAGUGGAAAUCUCAGUUCAUAGUUAGGAAACUGAUUUUGGAAAACAAACACAUUUCAAUUUUUUGAGCAUUGGGUAAUUUCUUUAACAGCCUUUAGCAUAAAGUUUUAUAUUUCUUCUGUGUUUUGUCUAGUUUAUUUUCACUGAUGGGUACAUAAAGUAGGCUUUACUAAUGUUCAUAAAGGGCUGGCCUAUGGUAAGACCAAAGUGUAUUUCUUUAAAACUAAGUGAAUCACAAUUCCACAGCAUAAAAUGUGAUAUCCUUUUAUGCAUAUCCUUUUCACCUUCUUUCAGGUGCAAAACUUAGUAAAUAUAACUGUAUCAGAAGAUCUGGAUGCCCAGAAGGUAGUAGGAAUUUCCACUGUCGAGAGCAUGGGAAGGACUAUGCUAAAUCUAUUUCAACUUUAAUUUGAAAUCUUGAGCUGUCACAGGCUCUGGGGAUUUCUGCCAGCUCUGCUCUUUGAUGUGAAGGCUUAUCUUGAGAAGAGGUUUUUUUCUUCUUGAUUUGAAUGUCUAUUUUAUUAAUUACACUGAAUUCAUAUUCCCAUGUAUUUAUAGUUUGUGGAUGAGGUUUUCAGAAGUGCCUUAGAAAUUUGGGCACCUUGGUCCCACUGGAGUCGCAUGCCUUAGGCCAGCUCAUUUACACUUCUGAGAGCUAAAAGGAAGAGGAACUCUAGGAGUAGUCCUGAAAAAAGUUAAAACCAUUAAUUUUUCAUAGAUCUCAGUGCUUCUACUGUAUAUCAGUGUUCAGCCACAAACCUAAGCAUGUGGCUGGGUCUCAAGGUGACUCAGAUCCUUGCUGGUUCACUUCCUUCUGCAGCUGUGCUGUUGGAUUAUCCAGCAGCUCCCCACUCGUGUCGUCCUGCCACUAGCUGUCGUCUGAUACAACGCACUAACAGGAGACACAUCUGAACUGCAUGCAAGCCGUGUGUGACUCCAGAGCUGCAAGUUGCCUGCUUGUGUCCUGGAUCACCUAAAAAAAAAAAAUUAAAUUAGUGAGUCAAAUAUCAUCUCUGCCUGGGUUCACUGACCCUAAAUUAGCACGUUGUCACUUACAAAUAUCCUUGUAUUGACAGUUCCUCAGCUGGCUUUUGAUACAGACAAUAGAUAUUAUUGUCUCUACCCACAAACUGCUGUGCCUCUAGUCUUUCUGCUCUUUAUAAAGCUGUGCUGCGGUUUAAUGACAUGGAUGAAUUUGUUCCCAGAGGGAUGAGAAGAAAGUGGAGUUUUGCAACAUCACACAAAUAUCAUCACCAAUGCGUCUACCCCACCAAAAUAUGAAAGGUUAUCUCCUCAAGGGUAAAAUAAAGAAAA